AUGGGCGUGCGAGGUUUGUUUACACUGGUUAACGACAACAAGGACGUCCUUCUUCAUGAUUUUGAACUUCAUGACACUCGACUCAUCAUUGAUGGCGUAAAUUUGUACCACUCCUUAUACAACUGCUAUCAGGUGCCAGAAGAGUAUGGUGGGAACUAUGACACUUACGCAAACAACUGUAAAACCUUCUUUGCCACCCUCAAUGCCUGUAAGGUGGAGCCGUAUGUUGUCCUGUACGGCGGGCGUGAUCCAGAUAACCGAAAAUGGAACAGUGUGGUUCGACGUAAGGCGUCUAGAAGAGAACGCGCUGGUCUGAUAUGUGAGAAGGGCCCUGAAGCAACCGAGGAACAUGUCCUUCCGAUUUUAUGUGAAGAAACAUUCCGCCAUGUCCUGCGUGAGCUUCAGAUACCACACGUCACGAUUCCAUAUGAGGAAGACAGAGAAAUAGCAGUGUUGGCAAAUAAGUGGAAUUGCCCAGUUCUCAGUAAUAAUAGCGAUUUCUUUAUUUAUCAGCUAAAGAACGGAUUUAUACCUUUCCAACAUGGUGGGACAUGUUUUAUCGACAUGAAAUUGCGGCUACAUACCCAGACGGAGCAAUCUUCCUUGCUGGCACCAGAGACUUUACCAAUCGACAGAGAAUAUACAUACAUCUCUGUAAAGCGUUACCACUACAGUCGUUUAAUUGAGAGAGUCUGUGGGCCAUGGGAGUUCCUACCAAUUUUCGCUACAUUAAGUGGUAAUGAUUAUGUAGAUAAAUGCCAUUUGAAGGCUUUCUACACAGCGAUAUGCAGGCGGUAUAAAGAUGUAUCUCUCAACCUGAAAGCCAAGGUUCGAAUGGCGUCAUUAGUCCAUUGGUCAAUGGGUGUAGAAUUGGAAGAAAACGCUAUUACAAACGUAUUGAAACAUGUAGCAGACCUAUCUUCCGGUCAGAAAUCAGAGCUGCGAGCCGCCAUUCGCUACUCUAUAGAUAGUUACACAAACAUUGCGGAAUUCGCUACCAUGGAUGUGGAAAAGUUCUUCAAUGCAAACUCAAGAUGCAUAUCGAAACUCGAUCUUGGAACGCUGAUCGAUUACGUCACUAAAAAUCCAUUGCCAGUGCCUUAUCCGGAGAUGUUAAGAAACUUUGAAAUGGCCAAUUCAUUCCUGCAAAAUGUCGCUGUGAACCACAGAGUGAUUUUCGAUUGCCAGAUUGAACACUUGGCUGAACCUUCAACGUAUGUUUGCUCCAGGUACAUCAGAAGUGUCCUGUAUGGCUUAACAACGCCAUUCAUCAGGCCGAAAUCUAAAGACUCUAAAGUUAAGACAAACAUUCUAGUCGAUUUAAAAGGCACAAGGAAAAGUUGCAUAGAAGAAAGCGACAGACAGAAAGGCGAUAGGAUGAAGGUCUAUAUUAAGCCUACGACGGAGGUUUUUUACGGAUCUCAAUCCAUGAAAGUUCCAUCGUUACAAAAUGUCCCAGAUAUGUCCGUAGAGGAGAGGCAAAACUUCAUGUUUGGCACUUUAUGA